AAGUUAAAAGUUGGCGUGACGCAAUCUAAUACACACGCAAAGGUUAAAGUUUCAAAUGGUACAAGAAACGAAUCUGGCAAAUUACCCAACUGUCAACAUUAUAUGCACAGAUCUCUCUCUAGAUAUAACAAAAUAACCCCCACCGAAGACUCUUAAAAACCAUUUAUUAGCAACACUUGUUUGUGUUUUGGUGUUACUAUUGUGCUUAUCUACAUUGAAUUGUUCAUUAAUUACCCUAAUCUUGAAAAAUAUAACCGAAAGUUUUACGUUUUGGGUAUUCAAGAAUUCCACCUUUUUCAAAGAUUUUGAGGACACUGAUGUGGAUUCUUGAUUUAUUGUGAUGGUUUUGGUAUUUCAAGAAUUGGGUUGUUGGAAAAGUUGUGAUCUUUGAUUUGGGGUUGUGAGAAUUUUGUGUUUCUUGGUUUAAGUGGGCAUGUAGUGUGAGAAUUUGGUGUUGUUUUUCGUCUUUUUGAUAAUAUGGGGUUUUAGAUAUAGUUGAGUUUUGAUUGAAUCUUGAUUCAAGCGGGAAUGUUGGGUGUCAGGUGAAUGAAUGAGCUGAGACACUGUUUGGUAUAGUCUUGAUAUUUCAAGAAUUGGGUUGCAAUAAAGUUGUGAUCUUUGAUUUGAGGUUUGGAGAAUUUUGUGUGUUUUUUGGAUAUGGGGUUUUAGAAAUUGGACCAUAUAGUUGAGUUUUGUGUGAAUCUUGGUUGGGCAUGUUGGGUGUCAGGUGAAUGAGCUGCAAUAGUGUAAUCGUAUUGCCAUUUCAAGAAUUGGGUUGUCAUAAAGUUGUGAUCUUUGAUUUGGGUUUGUGAGAAUUUUGUGUUUUUUUGAUUGAUAUGAGGUUUUAGAGAUUGGACAAUAUAGUUGAGUUUUGAUUGAAUCUUGAUUUAAGUGGGCAUGUAGGUUCAGGUGAAUGAGCUGCAAUUUUGGGUAACUGGAGAGAAUCAGUUACUUUUUUUGUUGUUAUAUAGUUGGCAUUGUUUGAUUCUUUACAAGUGAAUUUGGGUUUGAUAUUUGUUGGAAUCUUUGGUUGGGUGUAGCUGGCAUGUUUGGUUGCUUCAAGGAGUUGAAAUUUGUUGAUUUUUUAGCUAUAGAACAAUUUUGUUGAGUAUGUCUGGUGGAACACCUGUUAGUAAUGGUGGAUAUGUGAGGCAAAGGGUUAGUCAAGGAUAUGGUUCGAGUAGUGAUGAUCUUGAGGAUGAUGCUUGUUCUAGAUUUGUAUCACCAUCACAUUCCUUUCUGAGGACGAGAACAUGGACUGAGAUUUUAGAGAAUUUUCUUUGGAUUGCUUCUGCAGUUUUCAUUGUAUACUAUGGUGAUCGGCAUCAUAAUAUGAUAUUCCUUAUGUGGCAUGAUGAUCGAAUUAGGAGAAUACCAUUAUACAUUGGGAUGUUUGGUGUUGGUUUGAAUGUUUUAUUUUUCAUAUAUACAAGUAUAUUGGCUUUGGGCGUCCGGAAGUCCUACGAGAUGUGGGAGAUUUCCAGUACAGCUGCACUGCCCUUCAUCACUAUGCUUGGGAUCCUAUCUUUCCUCUUGUUUUGUUAUGCUCUCUGGCCGAUAUGGAGCUUGUUGACCCUUCCUCUUGUGUUCACUCUAUUCAUGGCUUGCAUGGUUAUAAUGCCAUAUUUGGUUCUCGGGAGAUUCAAGGCGCAAACUGAUUUGCUUCGUACAGAUUAGACACGUCGUUUUAACAAGGAUAGUUUUACAUCUCACUGACUUUAGCUGAAGGCAUAUACGAGUUAUGAACGAUUCAAGAUCCAUUUCAGUUGUUCAAAGUUCGUUUUUUGAACGAAUAGUUUUGGAAUGAAGUAAAUAUUUGUAGGUUUUGAUGAGAUAGUGUUUCAGAAGUGCAUUGGAUUGUAUAAGAUUUUGCAACAUACAUGCUGAACAAGAGUGAAAUUGUUCCACUCAUGAACUAUGCAAUCUUGUAAUGACUAGUUCUACCACUUCUUUUUUCUUGAUGAUUGAGAAAUUUUUGAGAGUUGGUGGCAUGCAGAACAAUUUUUGGUGUAUUUGGUGUAAAAUUAGUUCGCCUUGA